AGUCAAUAAACAAAAUGGAAGUGUAAUAAGUGUUAGGCAAUCUUUUGGAAUUUAUUUGUUUAAUUUUGUUAGUAUGUUAAUAUAAAUAAAACAGUUACAAUGGAUAUACUCCCAGGUAUUCUUUAGUUUAUCUGUGAAGAAGUGCACGUUUUGAUGUUUUUAGAUCCCCCUACCUUAACUGUUGAAUGUACUUACUUAUAGAAUAGGAAAUGGAAGGGGUCCAUGCCUCAUUUAAAAAAGGCCCAGGCCUUUAUGAAUUUCUCAUAGAAGCCGAACUUCAGCAAUAUUUUAACAGUUUCAAAAAUACCCUAAAGAUUACCCAUCCUUCACAAUUAAAAUUUACAACGGAAGGAGAUCUGAUAGAAAUAGGUAUGUCAAAGCCGGAGAUGCGCAGACUUAGAAAAUAUUAUGAGAAACACUUUCCUCAUAACUAUCUUUCAAAAUUUAAGAAAUUGUUAACCCAUAGGAAACAAGAGAACGCUGUUAAUGACGCGUCUCUCCUGGGUAGUACUGAUUCUUUAACUCUUUCUAAAGCACCUAGAGUUUCUAGCAAACAUAUUAUACCUUCUUCAAGUAUCACAAUUAAUAAGGAACUGGGAAUGGGAGAAUUCGGAGUUGUUCAACAGGGAGUUUGGUGCAAUGAAGGUGAACGAAUACAGGUUGCAAUAAAAUGUUUAUCACGGGACCGAAUGCAAAGCAAUAUGGUGGAAUUUUUAAAAGAAGCUUCGAUUAUGCACAACAUAGAUCAUCCGAACAUCGUUCGAUUCUUUGGAGUAGUCUUACCUAAUAUUGAUGGUAGCCUAAUGUUAGUAACUGAAUUAGCUCCACUUCGGUCCUUAUUGGAGUGUCUUAAAGAGCCUUCAUUACGAUCUAGUUUUCCAGUUCUCACUCUCUGUGAUUUCGCUUAUCAGAUCUGCGAUGGAAUGCAGUACCUGGAAGCAAAUAGACUGAUACAUAGGGAUUUAGCAGCUCGCAACAUCCUAGUAUUUUCUAAAAACAAAGUUAAGAUAUCUGAUUUCGGCCUAAGUCGAGCUCUUGGUCAAGGCAAGGACUACUAUCAAACCAAUUUUAAUGUAAAUUUAAAAUUGCCCAUAGCAUGGUGUGCACCGGAAUGCAUAAGUUAUUUACGUUUUACUACCGCUAGCGAUGUUUGGGCAUUCGGAGUAACACUUUGGGAGAUGUUUUCGUAUGGAUUCCAACCAUGGGCUGCACUUACAGGACAACAAAUUUUGGAAGCAAUCGACGAACCAAAUUUUCAAAGACUAGAACAACCAGAUUGUUGUCCACUUGACCACUACAAUCUCAUGUUAGACUGUUGGAGGCAUGAAGCUGCAAGCAGACCCCGGUUUGCAGAUAUUGGACCUAUAUUAGCGGAUUCAAGACCUGAACAAGUACAGGCUAAGAUUUCUUCCAAUGAAGGACCUCAUAUGUUAAGUUACAGGGUAGGAGAUGUGAUAACCGUACUAGAUAAGAAAACUCAUCAACCUCUUUGGAAAGGGGCAACAGCAAGCGGUAAAACUGGACUUUUUGAUCCAAUCAACGUUGUAGCUUAUCUAGGUAGCGACCUCCCAAGUUCCUCAUUUUUACGUUCGGACAGCACAAGAUCUUCAGCUCGUAGAAAACUACGUAGUGAAAUGAUUAGUGCUCCACAGGGUGAUUUUAAACAUACGGGCCACGUCGGUUUAGACGGAGCGUAUUUUGGUGAUCUCAGUUGGAUGGAUGGCUCCAAAGGAAACUAUGGAACAGUUCCAACACAAGUUGUGGCUCCUUACCGACCUCACAAAGACUUAGAAGCUGCUCCUUUACUUGAAGGUGAUCUAGUAUCGGCUCCAGUUCCUCUUCAAGACCAUGAAUAUCACGAAAUCAGUGAUGAAGAAAAUACUAACAGUCCUAGUUUAGACUUAGGUCCAUCUUUAAUGGCUGAAAUGGAAAUGAUGUUCAGUUCCUUAGGUACUCAAAACCAUUCGUUGGAUCAUGAAGGAUCGAAUAGAAGUAAUGAAUUGCGUGAAAAAUUAAAUAGUAAACCUAGGAAACAAGCUACUGUGAAACCAAUUUCAGCACACGAUCAAAAAACUUUAGAUACCGCUAUUGCAAUAGCAAAUGAAAUAACAUCUCGAUCAAUGUCAGCUCCUGUUCCUACUACACCAGCUUCACCAACUAAAAAGAAGUUUAGUUUUAAAUUUCCAUCAGUCCAUGAUCACGAAAAGCACAACGAAAGAAGGAACUUUUCAGAAGAAGCUCUUUCGACAUCUGAUCUACAAUCCAAAGUUACGCAAGAGGCCCAUUUAGCAUAUCAAGCAUUAGUGGAAAGCCCUACCAGUGAUGUACCACCACAGUUAAUGGUAACGAAUCCAUUGAGGAUAUUAAGGUCGGGACAACCAGUAAUAAAUACUAGGACAAGAUCUAGUAGUCUGGCAAGCACUCUUCCUCCGAAAAUAAGUGGCAGUGCAAGAAAUUCUGUUCCCGAUCAUCUUAAUGGUCGAUCAGAAUUUUCUCAUGCCACCCUACCUCGACAAUCUCCGUUACAUCCAACGAUUGCAUUAACUAAACCAAUUCAUAAAGACGAAAACCCCAUCCCAUUACCACCCAGAGACAAGAACAAAGCUCUUUUGGCAGCCAAACCACGACAUACAAGAAAACAUCCACUAAUAAUACCUCCUACCAGUCUUCAAAGGACCCUCGACAAGGUCAACACAGUAUCUCCACCCCCCGCAACGAAUAUCAAUCCAUUUCAUAAUGAACCAGUGUACACUAACAACGGUAUAAUCCAUGGAAAAAAUCCCGAAUCUCAGCACUUUGAAGAACAAAUUGAAUCCAACUUAAAUGCUUUAGAUGAGAUACCUGUUGAGCUUGACGUUGUAGAUGGUGAUGAAAGUUUUGGCGGUUUAAAGGCAGAAGAAGAAAAAAUGCAUAGUCAUCAUGUUAGUUGUGAAGAUUUACUAAAGUUUGCCAAUUCUAAGCCACCUUCGAGAACAAGAGGAAACGACUCAGAUGAAGUUCGAAUUAUGUCCAAAGUAUUAGGAAAAGAUGUAACAACCGAAAAAUGUCUACAAGCUCUGGACCAAUCAGAUUGGGAUGUUAUGAAAGCGAUAAAAACACUAAAAUUGCAAAAUGUUGUCAGUGCCGAUCUAUCCAUAUGUUUCAAGGGUUUGGAACAUACCUCGUGGGAUAUUACCAAAGCUGCUCAAUGGAUUUUACAACAAGACGGUGAAGUAACUCAAGUAUAAUGGAACUUUCUUUUUUUAUAUAAUUGUUGACGAAUUAAAGUAUACUACUUGUUACUGCAACACAUAUUGAGAUACUAUAAAACAUACAUGUAUUUAAAUCCUUUAGAAUGGAUUCUAAACUUCCAACUUAGUGCACUAAACGAUUUAAAAAAAUUAGAUGAUGCGAUAGCUAUUUCCCUUAUGUCAAAAAUAUUCUUGAUUUCAUGUUUGCUUUAUUUAACUCAAUUACCUCAUUUUGAGCGUAUGCGUCAAUGCGUGCCUACUUCUAGAGAUCUAAUUUAGAGUAUUAUCUUAUAAGCUCUAUGUUUAUGUAGAUGGCAAUAACUUUAUUUAUAAGCAGUAAAGUAUAGAUCUCAUCAAAUUCCUAUAUAAAAAUGUUCAUUUGCAAUAAAUCUUUUGGUUAUUCUCCAACAGUUGUUAUUUUCUCAAUAAUCUUUGAGAAAUGAAAUUCUUUUUUCUAGGUACCGUUCUCAAAACAAAUACUGUAUACAAACACCAAUAUAAGUGAAACCUCUGAAUUUCAAUGUAAGCAUUUAUAUUGGUAAAUUAUUAUUCGAAUAUUUGAGUUUAUUAUUCAAAUCAUCCAGUAAUACUUCAUCAUUUCUGCUGUUGUUACUAAUAUUUACCUUUAAGAAUUAGAUCUCAUACAAAAUAUAUUCUUAAGAUAAUUUUACAGAAGUGGAAAACAGUCGAAAAUAUUAAGAACUCGUUUACUAUCAUUGUUUUGUAACUGCCACAAUCUAAUUUCUAGAUGAUCCAUACCCUCCUUCCACGUUUUACUGUCCUUAAAAUUGAUUUUUUUUCAUAAUACGUUAAUUUGGAGCAUUUUGCAUUUGGGUAAUUAAUUUUGUUAAAUGAUUAUUUGAUAUGAAUUUAAGUUUGGAAGGUGUACCAAUCUUAAGGUUUUAAGUAUUCGUAAUAAGUAAUUAUUUAAUAAAUUAACAUUUAAUAAUUGCACUAUAAACUGGUGCUUUGUUAACUUUAACGCUACUGAGUCAAUAAAUAACCUAUCGUUUUCCUAUAUAUUAACUCAUUAUAUGAUAAUAUUAUUAUCCAGUUUUAAGGUGUACGGCUCUCACUCCCUCUAAGAUAAAAACUUAUCAGACCCAGCUGUUUUGGUUUCUAAGAGGUUCUUCGGAAUAAUUAGGAGAGAAAAUGCCUCCGUAUUUGAAUUUCCAUGUCUUUGUAGUUGACGAUGUUUUUGUUUUAGUAGGGGAGGAAAGUAUGCUAAAUGUGCAGUCACUUGAGCGCUUUGGGGACCUAUUGGAUUGUGAAGAUUAGGUUCUAAAACCAAAAAAAGUUAAGUAAAGUUUUCCAUUUUAGUGGGGACUUUCCAUUUUUAAUUUAAUUUUUCAUUUCCAACAAUCGUUUUUCCGAUUAUAGCGCCAUGUAUCCAUAAUUCGAAAAAAUGUUUCAAAUAAAAGUUACUUAUUUUUCCGUAAGGAAUCCCCCACCCCACCUCCGUGGGGGUCGUGUUUGGUGCCAUUCGAUAGAUUUUUCAAACAUAUUGAAUAAAUGUAAUUUUCAGUUUUUCGAUCUGAUGUCCAUUUCGCGAAAUAUCGCGUGAUUCGUUAAAAUUUUAAAUUUACCCCCCCCCCCUCACCGUGGGGAGUCGUGUUUGGUAUCAUUCGAUAGAUUUUUGAAAAAUAUUGAGCACGUAUUUUUUAGUUUUUAGAUCUAUCGUUCAUUUCACGAAAUAUUCGAUGUUUUCUUGUGAAAUUUUGUGACUCACCCAUUUCCUUACGCCCCGCCCAAAUCGUCAGAUUUUUGAAAUAUACACUGAUUUGCAUGUACUUAACUUACCUGUGACGAUUUUAAGUUUUUCUAAGGAUAGAUUUUUUUUCGGUCCCCCUUAACGAACUCCCCUGUGUUUAGAGCAAAUAUAUGGAGAGGUACUUCUACAGGGUACCAGGUUUCUCUCCGUAUGAUAAUUUUACGGGCUCGAGUUACUGCAAAAAUCCCCGCUUGGGCUCCCCUACUAUUAUAUUUGACACGUAGAUUAGUUUUGUAGCUGGCCACACACUUACUGAUAUCGAAGAGGCCGAGCGACUGACAGGCGGUUAAUUGAAGCCAAAAUCACCACAUACACGCAGUUUUCGUAAAGGCGUUGGCACGCUCGGUCACAAAACUGCGUGUGUGGCGUCUCAACUGCAGUUCAUUAACUUAACUACUCAAAUAACGGCCUUCAGUCCUGGCCUGCAUGCCAUGGCCUCUUCGAUAUCCGUAAGUGAGUGGCCAUCAUCCGUAAGUGAGUAUGGGAUCUGAUCUUUAUGCGCCACUGGUUGGUCUAUGAGCACUGUUGGGAAGUAUUGAUAAUAAAGGAGUUAGUUGGUUUAUAGAAGUCCCAGGUCUUUAGCUAUCUUUUGAUGAAAGAGCUUUCCUACUGAGUUAUGCCGUUUCAGGUAAGAGGUUUAUUUUUGGUGUAUGCUUAGUUAGAAAUGAGUUAAUGAUAAUUUGUUGUUCUGAAUAAGUCUGAGCUGAUGAUUAUCCCAUGAAACCCUUAACGCAUCCUUUCUGUUGAGGCUCUAAGAUAUUGGUUAGAACACGGUGUUGGUAAAUAUUAACUUUGUGUGGUGACACCAAAGUUGGUAUUUGGUUGUAACCAAUCUAUAUCAAUGUAUACAAAGGAUGUGACCAAUUUAUACAAAGUUGGAAGGCAAGUAAUAGGGAGGUACUUGUCUAGAUCUUUGGUGUUAUUUUGAUCUUUAGAUAUUAAAUAAGUUGUUUCCUGAGUUAGGAAUGAUGGUGUUUUCUGCGGAUUAGAAAUAUAGUGAUAAAUUAAUGUUAAUAAACAGUCAUGACACUCAAAAACUUCUUUAGCCAAAAGUUUUGAACUGCGCGUAGUACAGGAGAUGUUUAGUUAUAAAGCUUCUUUAUAAUAAUUUCUUCAGUAGUGAAGGGUUAGUAAGGAGUAGUACUGUAGUAUUGGCAGUUGUACGUCGUAUCUUAAAUCCAUCCAGCAUUGAUGUUAAGAGCAUUUGGUGUGGAAAGUUGGUUUCCCAAAAACUCAUGAAUUUGGUCUUGGCUCGGGUACGAUUGAUUAGCACUUUCUGCAGUGGAAUUGAAUUUCCUAUAGGACGCCUUCUCGAUAAUACACAAAGUGUAUUAUCGCAUUUCAGGUGCUACUAAACUGAAUAAACGGAGAGUUUUUGUUUUAAUGUUGGGCUGUGCUGUUUUCUGGGUGUUGUAAAUGUCUUACAGUGCUCAUCGUUAUUUCUUCAGCUUUUUGAUUAUUUUCCCACUUACUUAACCCAUUAGCGCCCACUGUACUUAUUUAAGUACAACUGCUAUUUUGACAUGCUAGUGCCACCCACAAUAAAAUAGUUAUAAUUCUUAAUAAUUACAGGAAAUUAAAUACCCCUAAGACGACAACCGUAACAGAUUUCGUUUAAUGAUUCACGUGGUUUGUUAGUUUUGAUUUAUUGCUUAUAAAGAGAACACGUGCGUUUUUAUUUUCUGGACAUCGACUUUGAAUAUUUAUAAUAAGUGUCUCUUAUUUGCUUCUUUUUACCAUCAAACGGUUUACGUUAGUUUAUAAUAAGUUUAGUGAACGGCUUACGUGAUUAAUUUUUUAGAAUUUUAAUUAUAACGUGAUUUAUUUGUUGUUAAAAUUACGUGUACUCAUAUGAGUACAAUGGGCGUAUGGGAGUAUUUUUGAUAUUUUACAAUAUUUGUGUUAAAGAUACGAUUUUGAGAGUGUUAGUGUUCGAAAUGUCUAUGGAAAGAAAUAUGAAGGUUUACCUUCAGCUUUAGAAAAUAUUCUAACUGAUAUGCUCACUGACGAGGAAGACAUUGCGGAUGAUAACCGUAUAGAAGGAAAUUUGACACUUCCUAAAGACGUUGUAGUAGAAAUUGAAGUUCAUUGCUUUUCGAAUGAAGACAAAGACUUAGAAGAUAUGUUUUUGGAACUGUAUGGAACCUGUAGCACAAGUAAAACGAAGGUCAACUGCUGCUAAGGCCAAAGUGGAUGUUUCUCAACCUGCUUUAUAUAAAAAUUAUAAUAAGUCCAUGGGUGGUGUAGACUUACAUGAUCAGCAAGCAUACAGUUACCGUAUCGGAAUAAGAGGAAAAAUGGUGCUGUGUGCUUUUUACUAAUCAUAUAAUAUCAACAUAACUAUUGUAAAUAGUUGGAUAUUGUAUUAGCUGGCUAAAGAUCAACAAAGUAGUCUUCUUGAUUUUUAAAGAGUACUUGUAAGUCAUUAUUUUGGUUUAAUCCGAAUCAAUGUGUAUGAAAUCUACACCUUCCGGAAAUAUUCUGCUUACCGCUAGGAAAUAUGAAAGAAGACAUUUUCCAAAAAAACUUAUUAAACAAUUAAGGUGUGCUCAGAGUCACGAAAGAGCCAGAUGGAAUUGUGAAAAGUGUAAUAUAACUCUUUGUAUUGAGAGAGACUGUUUUAAAACUUUUCGAGUAAAUAUUUUGUUGUCUUACAUUAUUUAUUAAGACGCUGUAGUGCUCAGUGUACUGAUGUGAGUACAUAUCCAUAUCUAAGUAAUUCUAUUUUUUUUUUUCAAAUAUAGAUGAUUUCAAAUAUAAAUAUCAAAUAUUUAUUUGUUGUUUUGUUACAAAUAAUAAUAUUACUAAUAAAUACCUAAUGCAAAUUAUAGUAAUUCUUAAAAUGAGAUAAUGUGGGCCCAAUAUGCAAAUAUUCCAAUGUAUGGACUUUCCUAGUGGUAGUCAUAGCUCAGGUAUUCAGGUACUGGCUUACCAAGCUGAACGGCUAAUGUUUGAUCUUGGUAUUAUAGAUACCAGAAAUUUUUCAAUUUCCAAUUUAAGCCCACCGUGCUUCGGAGGGUACGUAAAUCCGGGGGUCUCGGCUACGUAAAUAGCCGUGAACACUAAAGCCUGUGUCAGAAGAUUGCACAAAUGGAAAAUGUACAAAAGCCAAUUGGCUGCAGUACGACCAGUUAAAACAACAAACGGGCUUGUACGACAUAUACCUUUUUUAAAAGAGUUUAUUUUUGGUAUCUGGUGUCCGCUUCGUGGGUUUUGUUCCGUUGAAUUCUUGUACGGAACAUUUCGCUUAACAAGCUAUCGUUACUGCCAUUAUCAGGUGGAUAUGUAGGUUGCUUGUAUGAUAAGUGCCGAGAGUUUGUAUAAGUGCUGAGCUCAGGAAUAUUUUCAUGUAUUUCAUUGGGGAUUUGAUAUACAACUGCCUAUUGGUUGUGAAUCUUGUUUGUGUCAUUCUUUUUAGACUUAGAUUAUAUUCGUUUCUUUAUCGAUGUUUUUUCACCUAAUAAUAGAAACGCAAAAUAUCCUUCAUGAACACAGUCGAUUUCAUGCUUCGCCUCAUUCGCCUAACUUGAAGGAACGCAGGCUUAUGUUCCAGAGCAACACCUUCAGCGAGUGGAGCUCUUGUUGUUGUUUGGCUCGCUUGUGAUAUUGUUGGGCUCUAGCUAAUUAUAUGGCAAGUGCCCGCCUUCUCAGCACCCUGCCACCGCAAGCUUUCACCUCCAGAGUCGGCUCCGAACAUGCCCUGGCGAUCUCCAAACAGCGACCUUAAACAUAUAUAUUUUUUCACCAUUUUAUACCUACUCUUAGGUGCCAGUUUUAAUUCCACGGCAAGCGUAUGUACUGUCCUCUAGGUAUUGGUACUAAGAAUGGCCAGAGAACAUCCCCAUUCGCAGGGGGACGCUUAAUAGAAGAACAAAACUCUCACAGGAUAGUAUUAUUAUUAUUAUCUUAAGGAUAAGUAUAUAAGAAAACCGUAAAUGAACUUUUGAUUGGUAGUUAAUAUUUUAAUCAAUGUGUUGAAAAUAGAGUAGGUAGCUGUCAAAGUUAGCAUGGCUUUUAUGUAGAGUGGAAUUAAACUUUAAAUCGGUCGUGUUUCACUGUUUUCACUUAGACUGAUUUUGAAACCGUUUUCUUGUGGUAUUUUAACAUUAUUUACUAUUUUUAUGGGAAUUAGAUAUAAUUUCAGCUAAAAAUACGUUUAUUUUGACGUUCCACAAUCGAUGGUGGUUAAAAGACGAUGUCAAAAUAAAAUUAAAAUUUAUAAACAAAGUGAUAUCUGUUUUAACUCUACGUUGACCACCACGUUGACAACCAAUGCUUUUGAGCGACUGUGCAUCUGAAAAUACUUAAAUAAGGGAUAACUUUAAUGUAAUAAAAGCGUUUUGGUAGAAUUAUGGGUUGUGGGUUAGGCCACUUAUCAUAGCGUCAUUUAUUAUAUCCAGUAAUACUUGGACGCGAUUUAGGCAAAAAAUUACAUUUAUAUAUUUUCCACACAACUCAAAACAUAUAUCGCCUGAUCUUUAAUUCCGUAGUUGAAGUCGAAAUGUCAAAUAUAAAAUAUUUUAAUGAAAGUUGUGAUUUAUUCCCAUUAAUAUAGUGCAUAAUACAAAUAGUAAAAUUUGGCAUUAUGGUAAUUUCAAUAAAAAUUGUUUAUACUGAAAAUAAAUUUAUUUAAUAUAGAUUGUCUUUGUAAUGUCAGUUUUACAACAUGUUUCUAAUGCAGACCUUGAAAGAUAGAUAUACAUAAUUGUAAAUGUAAUGAAGAUAAUAUAACUGAAAUCCCAAAAAUACACUUUCUUUAAAGUAAAUUGAAAUUUUACAAGUAAAAUUAAGGCAUAUUUCCAGUAAAAAUAGUAAAUUUACUUAUGGUAUAAGUUUAAAAUGGUAUAUGGUAUAAGUUAUGAUAUAAGUAAAAAAUACCAUAUUAUCUUGGCACGACAAUUCCAUGGAAUGGAAAUAUAUUUUUAAUGGCUCAAUAAAAUUUGACAUAGUAGAAUGGUAACUGUCAAUUGUAAAUAUUUUUAUUUUUUUAUUUCUAUUCUGUACUAGUCUUCUACAGAUGUUUUAAUGUUUUUCUUUGUAUUCUGUGAACAAAUAGGGCAUGCCUUGAAAUAAACCUAUCCAUUAAAAAAUUAA